UUCCUUAUUGCUCCCGAUCACCAGCCGGGUGAGGAUUCGGCAAAGCGGCAUCUCUCCUCUCCAUCUGGCAGCGGAGCACGACCGCAGGAUCAUCAUGAGUCUGCUGAUUGAGUCGGGGUUUGAUGUCAACAGCAAACUCUCUCAGGAGUGCUCAGCCAGGUUCCAGGACCGGCGUGUUUCGGCUCUGUACUGCGCUGUCGCCGCCAGGAACACACGGGCCGCUGCUGUUCUGCUGAAGGCCGGUGCGAAUCCCAACAUGGACCCCUUCAGCCCGCUGCUGUUAGCGGUGCGUGACGGCUGUCUGGAGACUGUGGCGCUGCUGCUGGAGCACGGAGCUCAUGUGAACGCUCGCCCGACCGCAGGUUUCCCCGCAGUGCUGCUGUACACUCAUCAGCUGGACGUCCUGCAGUAUCUACUGGACCACGGCUGUGACGCUCGGACCUGCUUCACCUGCAGCAGACAUCACAGCGGAGAGCACACACACUUCAGAAGCCACACGGUGAACACAGACGCCACUAAACCAGAGUUAAAGUUCUGUGACUGGAUCUCGUCCUCCUGCUGGAGACACUCAGCCGGUCGGGUCACUGAUCUGCUGCUGGACUAUGUAGGAAACGUUCAGCUCUGCAGCAGGAUCAGAGAUCUCCUUCUGGACCAACCGGAGUGGAUGAGCAUUAAGGAGAAAACAUCGUCUCCUCGAGGCCUGAUGCAUCUCUGUGGGCUGAGGAUCCGAGAGCAGCUGGGGCCGCAGAGACUGAGAUGUGUGGAGUCGCUGCCGCUGCCGGGCCCCAUGCUGCGGUACCUGAGCUCCAGAAGCAGACGCUGCGCUCAGCACAGGGACCACCACCAUCAUCAUCAUCAUCAUCAUCACUGAAGGGAGAGUGAAACGGGAUGAUUGUUUUGUGUAUUUAUAACUUUUAAUUUAUCUUGACGUUUCUUAAAGUAUUAUGUUUGUGCUUGAUACACAGUUCUAUGUAGUUGAUCUGAAAAUACUGAGUAUGAUGGUGGUGAUCAGAAUAAAUGUGCUGCUUUGAGUGUCGGAUCUUUAA